AUGCGGUACGAGGACUGGGACGUUCUCCUUUUCGAACAGAACUCUACCACUCCUCUGCAGGAAUUUAAGGUGGCAUGUUACGUUGUUCACGAUACAGUCACAUGUUUCGUCCCUAGCCUUGAACCAGGCACUCCCUUCCAGGUAUCUAUUCACUUGUGGAAGAACGAACGUAUUGAUCAAAUUGUCGACAACGAGAAGCAUUCUACGAUUAAUGCUAGGCUCUUUAUUGAUGGGAGCCUCGUUAGUUCCGCCUUUGCCGCCCUAGAUAUCACCUGGCCGUAUAUCGUGGCGCGUACAGACACAAAUGACGCUAUCGGAUUCCCCGUAUUCCAGCAAGAGCUUCUGUGUCAGCCCCAUUGGAGCGCGGCCGAUAACCUUGGCCGUAUCAAAAUUGUCAUCAGCGAGGGCAUCUAUCAUGGUGUACAAGACGACGCCUUCCAAAGAGUCCGCGAUCACGUGGUCUUUUCCUUCCAGCAUGCACCUCGAGCUGUUCUCGAGCACUUGGAGAUUGCAUGGCCCAACCCUUCCAUGUGGCAGCGACUACAACAGUCCUCUACAUCAUCACAGACCAGUAGCAAUUCCGAAACAAAGGACCAGAUCACAAUGCAAUCACCUUAUAUAUUCCAGGGUCCAGCCUCUGAGUGCAAUUCCAUCUGCCCCGGAACCCCCUCGUUCUAUUUGGACAAUCAGCCCGCCUAUCUAACAAUGUCAUCCUGGGGCCAUACCGUUCCACCACACAAUCAAGACUUGACGCCACAUAUGUCAACUCCCGAAUUUCGUUUUUACAAAGAGGACUGGCCAGAUUCACCCAUGUUUGCCGACGCUAUGUUUGCAUCGGUUCAUCAAACUCAACAGCAGGUACAGCAGCAGCAGAUGUACACCCCAUCCAACGGUAGUGUUCCCAUGCCUCUCGUCCGACUUCAGACACAGAGUCCUGCAAUUCAUGGGUCGACCAAACUCGGCCAACGAACUGCUCCAAACAAUCCUGCCAGACUUCUUUUCGCUCCUCCAGCUCAUAAUACACAGCAAACGUCCCAGUCGGACACAAUCAAGAGACCGGCCAAGCGAGCCCGCGCUAACACUCCAAGAUAG